AUGUUGUUGACCAGAGCAACACGCGCCUUACGCGUCCGUUCGACACACAGGGCUCUUCAUUCCACUUCACGGCUCAGGCGAGAGCCAUUCGACCCAGCUGCUGUCGAACGCGUCUCCGAUGAAGUCGACGUUUGCAUCGUAGGAGGUGGUCCGGCCGGCCUCAGUGCCGCCAUUCGUCUCAAGCAGCUCGAGCAGGAGAAAGGCAACGAGAUCAGAGUAGUCGUUCUCGAAAAGGGCUCAGAAGUUGGCUCACAUAUCCUCUCUGGCGCUGUCAUCGAGCCCCGCGCCCUCAACGAGCUCCUCCCUGAAUGGCAGAGCCGCGACGACCUCCCCGCCAUGCAACCCGCCACCUCCUCCAAAAUGCGCUUCCUCACCAGCUCCAUGUCUGUGCCCAUCCCGCACCCCCCGCAGAUGGGCAACAAGGGCAACUACAUCGUCUCCCUCUCUCGCUUCACUGCCUGGCUCGGCGCAGUAGCAGAGGAGAUGGGCGUCGAAGUCUACCCGGGCUUUGCCGGCGCAGGCGUCGUCUACGACAAGACUGGCACCCAGGUGCUUGGUGUGCGCACGAACGAGGUUGGCUUGGACCGCCAGUUCCGGAUGAAGGAUUCGUUCGAGCCUGGUAUGGAGUUCCGCGCCAAAGUCACGCUCAUUGCCGAGGGCGCACAUGGGUCCUUGUCAAAGGAGCUUAUUCGCAAGUUUGACCUGCGCAAGGACGCAGAUCCGCAGACGUAUGGGAUUGGGCUGAAGGAGGUCUGGCGCGUCGACCCGAGCGAGUAUAGGCCCGGCGAGGUCGUUCAUACUAUGGGCUGGCCGCUCGAUUACCGGACAUACGGAGGCGGAUGGGUGUACCACAUGGCGGACGGGCUUGUUAGCUUGGGUCUCGUUAUCGGUCUGGAUUAUUCGAAUCCGUACCUCAGCCCGUACCGCGAGCUGCAGCGCAUGAAACACCACCCCUACUUCCGCAAGCUUCUCGGCGGCGACUCGACCCGCAUCGCAUACGGUGCGCGCGUACUCAACGAGGGCGGCCUGCAGUCUGUGCCGAAGCUCAACUUCCCCGGCGGCGCUUUAAUCGGGUGCUCUGCCGGGUUCGUCAACAUCGCCAAGAUCAAGGGCACGCACAACGCGAUGAAGAGCGGCAUGCUCGCCGCCGAAGCCGCCGCCGACGCGCUCUCGUCGCAAGAAAUCUCGGUGGAGGAGGAAAAGACGGCGGAUAUGAGCGCGUACGACACGUCGCUCCGCGCGUCGUGGGUGCACGACGACCUGCACGAGGUGCGCAACCUGCGCGGCUCGUUCGACACGCGGCUGGGCAUAUGGGGCGGCAUCGCGUACUCGGGCGUGGACUCGUUGAUCUUGAAGGGCCGCACGCCGUGGACGUUCCGUAACAAGACGAAGACGCUCGAUGCGAACCACACGAAGCCGGCGCUGUGGAGCACGCCGAUAGAGUACCCGCCGUUCGAGCCGCCGCUCUCGACGGAUCUGCUGACGAGUGUUGCGCUCACGGGCACGAAUCAUGCGGAGGACCAGCCGGUUCAUCUGCGUGUGCGCAAGAACGGGGACGAGAGCACGGAGGUGAGGGUGAACCACGUGCGAAGGAAUGUGCAGGACUUUGGCGAGCUGCUGGGCCGGGCGUGUCCGGCUGCUGUGUAUGAGUAUGUCGAGGACGAGGCGAAGAGCGAGGGGAGUUGGGGAGGGAAGAAGUUGGUGAUCAACUCUCAGAACUGCAUCCACUGCAAGCUUUGUGACAUUAAGGUGCCCACGCAGGACAUCGACUGGACCGUCCCAGAAGGAGGCGGUGGGCCCAAGUACACCAUUACCUGAGUAUGGGGGAACGAAAAUGGC